AUGUGGGAUACUCAGCUAAUUAAAAAUACCUUUAAAUGUUGUGGCAUCUCAGUUGCAACUAAUGGAUCAGAAGAUGAUUUAAUUUUCAAUUAUGAUCAUGCUGAAAAUAACAAUAAGAUCAAUAACAAUAAUGAAGUCAAUGAAUACAUUUUUAAUAAUAAAAACUUGCCUCCCACCCCAACAAGAUCUUCAAAAAAACUUCUCACCCAAACAAAGCUUCCAAAACCUUCUAUCCCAACUAUGCCUCUUAUCCCAAGAACACUUUCUUCUGCAAGAUUUCUUGUACCAACAAAACCUUCCACUUCAACAAGAUUUUUCAUCAAAUCAACACUUUUUACCCCAACAAAAUCUUUUGCUUCAGCAAAGCUUCUUAUCUUAACCACUACAAGAUGA